AUGGCAAACUUGAUGACAUUUCUUCUUUCUCUACCACUCUUCUUCUUCCUCCUCUUCACCACCCUUCUUCCACCUACAACAUGUUCCACCAACCAAACAGACCAACUCUCACUUCUAGCCAUCAAAUCCAGCCUUCAAGAUCCACAAGGAGCUCUCUCUUCAUGGAACCAAACACUCCCCUUAUGCAGCUGGAGAGGCAUCCAAUGUCGCGGCAACAGAGUUGUCGCCUUAACCUUGUCGUCUCUAGGCCUCGUCGGAAACCUCUCCCCGCACAUAGGUAACCUCUCUCUUCUCACCAACAUCACCCUUAGAGACAACUCUUUCCAAGGCCCAAUUCCUCCACAAAUCACUCUCUUACCCAUGCUUCAGCUUCUUGACUUUAGAAACAACUCCUUCAUGGGCGAAAUACCAAAAAAUAUCUACAACUGCACCAACCUCGUGCGGCUUGAUUUCACAAUGAAUUUUCUUUCCGGAGCCAUACCUAAUGAACUAGGCUUCUUGCCCAAACUCGAAAUAAUAGCUUUUUCAAGAAACCACUUUUCCGGGCUUAUCCCUUCAUCCAUUGGUAACAUAACAACCCUCCAAAGGUUGUCUUUAGGAUCAUGCAAUUUCUCCGGAGAGAUUCCCGAGUCACUCGGCCGCCUCCAUAGCCUCGAAUCUCUUCAAUUGAGUGAAAAUAACUUCACUGGUAGCAUUCCUCAUGCUCUCUUUAAUAUAUCUAGUAUUAUAUAUUUUGAUGUUUCUAUUAAUAGUCUUGAAGGGAUUAUUCCUUCUAGUACUGGUGUCACACUUCCUAAUAUUGCUGUUUUACUUCUUGAGGGAAACCUUUUUAGUGGGCCCAUCCCUAGUUUCAUUUCAAAUGCUUCACUGAUUGAGUGGAUUGUCUUGUCCACUAAUCAAUUCACUGGACCUAUACCUAAUCUUGAGAGGCUUACUUUGAUUCAAGAUUUCUUUUUACAUUCAAACUUGAUUGAAGAUGACAUGAGCUUCAUUUCAUCAUUGACAAAUUCGACCAAGUUAGAGCGUUUUGAUGUUAGUGAGAACAUGUUGAGUGGUUCUUUACCAGAAUCCUUAGGCAAUUUGUCUAUUCUUGUCAAUAUGUUUGACAUACACAAGAAUCAGAUACAUGGAAGCAUUCCUUUAGGAAUUGGAAAUCUUGUCAAUCUUGAUGUGGUUGAUCUGUCUCACAAUCUUCUUGAUGGCCAAAUUCCCGAAUCAAUGUCAAAGCUCUCGAAUUUGCGUAACCUUUUUAUGGGAAGAAAUAGAUUUCGAGGCGAACUACCUUCAUUGUUUGGAAACAUGACUCAUUUGAGUCGAUUCCAACUAUAUGGGAAUGAGCUUUCUGGAAAUGUGCCUUCUAGUCUUGGGCUCUUGUUCACUGGUUUGAUCCCUCGAGAAAUCAUGAGACUUUCGUCGCUUUCCAUUGUGCUUAAUCUCUCUCACAAUGCCCUUGAGGGUUCUAUUCCAAGUGAAGUUGGCUCUUUGAGAAACCUCGCGGCAUUGGACUUGUCUAGCAAUAGACUGUCUGGAGUGAUUCCCACAUCUUUGAGUAGUUGCGUUAGCUUGCAACGACUCUACCUCGAUGAGAAUCUUCUUCAAGGUGAGAUUCCUGUAGGAAUGAGUUCUUUGAUGGGCUUACAAGAGUUGGAUCUUUCGCAAAACAAUCUGUCUGGAUCAAUUCCCUCGUUUUUGGAGAAUUUGAAGCUUGAGACGCUGAACUUGUCCUUCAAUAGGCUACAAGGAGAAGUUCCGUCGAGAGGAGUUUUUACGAACUUAAGUUCAAUUUCUCUUGAUGGAAACCAAGGUUUUUGUGGCGGAAUUGAAGAGUUGAAGUUCCCUACUUGCAAAGGAGUCGAAGCUUCCAAGGCAAAACUAUCUACUUUGUGGAAGAUCUUGAUCCCAAUAGUGGUUAUUGGAGGAUUGUGCAUUGUGAUUCUAGUAUUUCUCCAGUGCAAGAAAACAAAAGAAAAUCCUCAUCCCGUUGUUUCAUCGGAGGAUACUAUUGGUGGCCAGCUAUUGAGGCUUUCUUAUGCAGAUCUCCUCAAAGCAACAAAUGGAUUCUCCGAGAGUAAUGUGGUUGGUGUUGGGAGAUUCGGGUCCGUUUACAAAGCUGUUCUCGAUGAUGAGAAAGACAUAGUUGUAGCAGUCAAAGUGCUUAAUCUUGAGAUCAGAGGGGCGUCAAAGACAUUCAUGGCGGAGUGUAGAACAUUGGGAGGCAUAAGGCAUAGGAAUUUGGUGAAACUUGUAAGUGUAUGUGAUAGUGUGGACUUCAAAGGCAAUGAUUUCAAAGCAUUGGUGUAUGAAUUCAAAGUCAAUGGGAGUUUAGACAAAUGGCUUCACAACAAUGAGGAAGAAAGUGGUGAAGAUUUGAAGAGUCUUAGCAUAAUACAGAGGCUUAACAUUGCCUUAGAUAUUGCUCAUGGGAUUAAAUACCUUCACUUUGGUAGUGACUCAUCUAUUAUCCAUGGUGAUUUGAAGCCGAGCAACAUUCUCUUAGAUCAUGACAUGGUUGCUUGUGUUGGGGAUUUCGGAUUAGCUAAGAUUGCCUCAAACAUACUUUCAUUUUCAUAUGAAAGCAAUACGAGUUCCUUCGGGAUCAAGGGUACCUUAGGCUAUGUCCCUCCAGAAUAUGGCACGUUUGACUCGAUUUCUAUGCAAGGGGAUGUGUAUAGUUUCGGGAUCAUCCUUCUAGAGAUGUUCACAAAUAAAAGGCCAACAAAUGAUUUGUUUGGUGGUGAGGUAAAUCUCCAUAAAUAUGUGAGCUCUGCUUUAUCACAUGGGUUAAUGGAUAUCGUUGAUCCACGAUUAAAGAUAGAAGGUUUGGAAAUGGAGUUUAUUGGUAGUAUUUUGAAUAUCGGUGUGUCAUGCUCAAAGGAGAAUCCAAGAGAUAGAAUGCCAAUUACUCUUGUUGAAAAUGAGUUGGCUGACAUUCUAGCUCAACUACAACCUUUUUCUUGGGAUGUAUGAACUAAAUUACCUAGUUUUCUUUUCUAUGUCUUGUUUAGCUU